AAUGCCAUUGUUCGUGCGAUUGAAGCAGGUGCAGCACCAGGACGGCUACUGAAUAUAUAUUAUUUCCACUCUGAUACAUUCGAGCAAGAAUUGGCAAACGAGAACAAAAGAAUCACGCCAAUGUUCUCAAUUACAUUUUCGGUGCUCAUUCUGUUCUCAAUACUUUGCACUUUCAACUUGAAAUGGAUCUAUUUGCCGUCUGGAUUAUUCACGUUUUCAAAUGAAUCAAAUAUCAAGAUUCCCGUCAUUGACUGGGUCCUCAGCAAGCCCUUCAUGGGAAUAAUCGGCGUCGUCUCGGCUCUCAUGGCUAUAAUCUCAUCUACAGGAUUACUGCUAUUAUUUGGUGUUACAUUUGUGGAUAUGUGUACCGUUAUGCCCUUCCUUAGUUUGACUAUUGGUAUCGACGAUUCUUUCUUGAUGCUGGCAGCGUGGCACGAAACCUCGCGCCAUCUCUCAGUUACAAACCGAAUAAGAACGUCUAUGAAGCACGCUGCCGUGUCCAUCAAAAAGUUGACAGUUCUUGAUCUUGCUUUUCACAUGGGUUCCGUGGUUGACGAUGUAUUAGAAGUGGAGUGCGUAAAUAACAAUGAUGUCAAGCACAAAUCCCACUAUAAUCAAGAGGAGUUAAAGGAACAAGAUGGACGAAUGUGGUACCAACGAUUCUUUGAAGAUUACUACGCUCCAUUCAUCACGAAAAAGUGGAUGGUCGCAUUUUCUCUUAUAAAUAUUGUGUUAGCUGAAUCUCGCCCUCGCCGAUUUCUCGAAUUACGCAAAAAUUUCUUCCCAGAAGACUUUUCGCGAUUGGAUGUAGCGGUAAUGAAACCUCCACGAAUGGAAAUGGCAGAUGAACGUCAGUCAUUCAUGAAAGUCUUGGAAAAAUUCGAAAACACGCCCUGCUCAGCUGGUCGAAACAGCACUGAAUUUUGGUUUUUCUCAUUCAAAACCUACGUACAAAACCUGGGAUUUGGAGAUGCUUGGAAGAACAUAGAGGAAGAUGAAAGCAGUUUUUCCGAAAAUUUGCAUGGUUUCCUUAUGGCAAACGACAAAUUUUCCUAUGAUAUACUAAAGGACUCAAAUGGUAGCACGAAGGCGUUUAGAUUUACUACCAGAUUGAAAAAUGUUUCUACCGAUGAGCUCAUCUACCAUUGCGCUAACAAGAUGAGGAGCUUAUGUGAUGAGAGUGCCCAAUAUGGGCUAAGUACCUAUACCCCGCUAUGGAAUCUUGCUGAUCAGUAUGAGAUUAUGUGGCCACAGACGAUCCAAGAUCUCUACAUAUCAGUUGCUGUGAUGCUGUGCGUAGCGAUGCUGUUCAUCCCACAACCACUUUGUGCUCCUCUGAUCGGUUUAUCAAUUGCUUCAGUGGCCCUUGGAGUGCUGGGAAUCAUGCCUUUCAUAGGCGUCAAUCUGGAUGCGACGUCAAUGAUAACCAUAGCUAUGAGUGUUGGCUUCUCUGUUGACUUUGCCGCUCAUGUUUCUUAUGCCUUCAUGACGCAAAAGAUCAACGACAAAUCCCAUGAUGAUCCUUCUUUCUCUCGACUGCGGGCCACUUUAGGGACAGUAGGAUGGCCUAUUACGCAAGCAUCCCUCUCCGUUCUACUUGGAAUAUCCUCUCUUUCAUUCGUGAACAGCUAUGUUGUCCAGACUUGCUUCAAAACUGUGAUUCUCGUAAUCACCUUUGGAAUCAUCCACGCUCUUCUAUUUCUCCCACUGGUUUUGAUGUUCACUCACAAAGUCUAUCUCGCUUGCGCUAUAGUAUCUCAACGACGAUCUCAAACAAACAUUUCACCACAAAAACGAAAUGGAAGUGGAUAG